AGGACCAGGGACAGCCCCAAUCCCCACUGAGGGUGUCUCUACCGGGACGGGUUGCGUGGGCUCCCCUGUCGGAUACUGGGCGCCGAGGAGGGCCAUGGUCUGCUGAGUGGCAGGGGACGCGAGGUGGGAGACGCUCAGAGACCAACUGACCAACCGGGUCUUGUGAGGGGCAGAGACAGGCCGAGCCCAGGGGGGACAGGGCUUACAGCGCUGGUGGAGCAGCCAUGGAGAACUCCCACACAAAGACCGUGGAGGAGUGUCUGGCCUACUUUGGCGUGAGCGAGAACUCUGGCCUGACGCCCGAACACGUGAAGAAGAACCUGGACAAAUACGGCCCCAACGAGCUCCCGGCAGAGGAAGGCAAGUCCAUCUGGGAGCUGGUGGUGGAGCAGUUUGAGGACCUGCUGGUGCGAAUCCUGCUGCUGGCAGCCUGCAUCUCCUUUGUGCUGGCCUGGUUUGAGGAAGGCGAGGAGACAGUCACUGCAUUCGUGGAGCCAUUCGUCAUUCUCCUGAUCCUCAUCGCCAAUGCCAUUGUAGGAGUCUGGCAGGAGAGGAACGCUGAAAACGCCAUCGAGGCCCUGAAGGAGUAUGAACCCGAGAUGGGCAAGGUGUACCGUGCAGACAGGAAAUCUGUGCAGAGAAUCAAGGCCCGGGACAUGGUCCCUGGCGACAUUGCCGAGGUGGCUGUGGGUGACAAGGUGCCAGCCGACAUCCGGCUCCUCUCCAUCAAAUCCACCACCCUGCGUGUGGACCAGUCCAUCCUGACAGGUGAGUCUGUCUCUGUUAUCAAGCACACGGACCCUAUCCCAGACCCUCGCGCUGUCAACCAGGACAAGAAGAACAUGCUCUUCUCGGGCACCAACGUGGCAGCUGGCAAGGCUGUGGGCAUUGUCAUUGCCACGGGGGUGAGCACCGAGAUCGGGAAGAUCCGGGAUCAGAUGGCGGCCACGGAGCAGGAGAAGACGCCGCUGCAGCAGAAGCUGGAUGAGUUCGGGGAGCAGCUCUCCAAGGUCAUCUCGCUCAUCUGCGUGGCCGUCUGGCUCAUCAAUAUUGGCCACUUCAACGACCCAGUCCACGGCGGCUCCUGGAUCCGCGGUGCCAUCUACUACUUCAAGAUCGCCGUGGCCCUGGCCGUGGCCGCCAUUCCUGAAGGUCUCCCCGCCGUCAUCACCACCUGCCUGGCCCUGGGCACCCGCCGCAUGGCCAAGAAGAACGCCAUUGUCCGGAGCCUGCCGUCUGUGGAGACGCUGGGCUGCACCUCAGUCAUCUGCUCUGACAAGACCGGCACCCUCACCACCAACCAAAUGUCUGUGUGCAAGAUGUUUGUCGUUGAGAAGGUGGAGGGAGAUGUCUGUUCCCUGAAUGAGUUCAGCAUUACCGGUUCCACCUACGCCCCUGAGGGAGAAGUACUGAAGAGUGACAAGCAUGUGAAGGCUGGGCAGUAUGAUGGGCUGGUUGAACUGGCCACUAUCUGUGCCCUCUGCAAUGACUCCUCCCUGGAUUACAAUGAGGCCAAGGGUGCCUAUGAGAAGGUGGGGGAAGCCACCGAGACGGCGCUGACCUGCCUGGUGGAGAAGAUGAAUGUUUUCAACACAGAUGUGCGGAGCCUGUCCAAGGUGGAGCGUGCCAAUGCCUGCAACUCUGUGAUUAAGCAGCUGAUGAAGAAGGAGUUCACCCUGGAGUUCUCCCGCGACAGGAAGUCCAUGUCCGUAUACUGCUCCCCCGCCAAGGCCUCCCGCGCAGCUGUCAGCAACAAGAUGUUCAUCAAGGUCAGUGCCAGGCUCCCAUACCCUGGGUAUCCCUCAGCUGCCUCCUCUCAUUCCCAGGUUGGGGCAUGGUUGGGGGAUGGGGGUUGCUUGGGGCGUGGUUGGAAGGUUGCUAUGGGCCCAGCAUGUGCUAAUGGCUCCCCCCCAAAGGUGGACCUGACCUUUGUGGGCUGCGUGGGGAUGCUGGACCCACCCCGGAAGGAGGUGAUGGGCUCCAUCCAGCUGUGCCGUGACGCCGGCAUCCGUGUCAUCAUGAUCACGGGGGACAACAAGGGCACGGCCAUUGCCAUCUGCCGCCGCAUCGGGAUCUUCACCGAGGACGAGGAGGUGACGGGCAGGGCCUACACAGGCCGCGAGUUCGACGACCUGCCCCCCGCCGAGCAGCGGGAGGCCUGUAAGCGGGCCUGCUGCUUCGCCCGUGUCGAGCCCGCCCACAAGUCCAAGAUUGUGGAGUUCCUGCAGUCCUUUGACGAGAUCACAGCCAUGACAGGCGACGGGGUGAAUGACGCCCCUGCACUGAAGAAGGCUGAGAUUGGCAUCGCCAUGGGCUCUGGCACAGCCGUGGCCAAGACGGCCUCCGAGAUGGUCCUGGCUGACGACAACUUCUCCACCAUCGUGUCCGCCGUGGAGGAGGGCAGGGCCAUCUACAACAACAUGAAGCAGUUCAUUCGCUACCUCAUUUCCUCCAAUGUGGGCGAGGUCGUCUGUAUCUUUCUCACAGCCGCCCUGGGCCUUCCAGAAGCCUUGAUCCCCGUGCAGCUGCUGUGGGUGAACCUGGUGACUGACGGGCUCCCGGCCACUGCCCUGGGCUUCAACCCCCCAGACCUGGACAUCAUGGACAAGCCGCCCCGCAGCCCCAAGGAGCCCCUCAUCAGUGGCUGGCUCUUCUUCCGCUACAUGGCCAUUGGCGGCUACGUCGGAGCUGCUACGGUGGGUGCCGCUGCCUGGUGGUUCAUGUAUGCAGAGGAUGGUCCUGGCGUCACCUAUCACCAGCUGUCCCAUUUCAUGCAGUGCACAGAGGAAAACGUGGACUUCGAGGGGGUGGAUUGUGAAGUGUUUGAGUCACCUGUGCCCAUGACCAUGGCCCUGUCUGUGCUGGUCACCAUCGAGAUGUGCAACGCCCUCAACAGCCUGUCUGAGAACCAGUCCCUGUUGCGCAUGCCGCCCUGGGUGAACAUGUGGCUGCUGAGCUCCAUCUGCCUGUCCAUGUCCCUGCACUUUGUCAUCCUCUACGUCGACCCUCUGCCCAUGAUCUUCAAACUGACACCCCUGGACCUGACCCACUGGCUCGUGGUGCUGAAGAUCUCGUUCCCUGUCAUCCUCCUGGAUGAGGUGCUGAAAUUUAUCGCCCGGGACUACCUGGAAGUGGGUUUAGAAGACCCGAAGAGGAGGAAGAAGUGACACCUCUGGCCACUAGAGAAACUGCAUCUUCACCCCAACAGUGAAGAACCCCUCGGUGCCCCCUCACCUCCCCAAGAGCCUCGGCCACCCCCUCUUAUUUAACAGCUGCUCCCCUCCACCAAAGGCUGCAAGCAGCCCUCCCUCUCCCCCCCAGCCGGGUGGGGUGGACAUCAUGGGGGUUUGCCUGCUGCGUUUGGAGAAUGGGGGGAAGCUCCCCCUUGCAAACUGCCUGCCCUCCUCCCGGCCUUCUAGCUACUUUGCUUCUGUACAUUUUGAGCUGCUAGUCUUUCCUAGUGGCCCCUGCCCAUCCCGCCUUCCCCCCAUUUCCUUGCUGGGCACCCAGCCCAUUCGCUGUGUUACCAGCUCACACCUAGUGACCUCUUCACUCACCGGGUGGGUUUUUUUUUAAUGCAAAAAAUAACUGAACAGACGGAAACAUUUUGUCAGGCCAAUGUGCAGCUCCCAGAGGAGGAAAUGAAGAGACUGUUCUAGCUGCUUAUUUAUUGACAUUAAAAGAUAAACUCCUUAA